CCGGCCCUGAUACCCGCUCUACCUGAUGAUUUAUAGAUGUUGCACAACGAUUGCCCCUGACUGCAGAGGGCAGCAUACAUCCGUGAUUUUUGGCGGCCCCGGAUAUUCAUUAGAACACGAAGAAGAACUUUCGGAGUGUGAAGGUCCAAGAGCGACUGGAAGUCAGAAACAAAAUCUAUCACAAUGCUUCCCCUUUCUCUGUUGAAGACUGCCCAGAACCACCCCAUGUUGGUGGAGCUGAAGAACGGAGAGACAUACAAUGGCCACCUGGUCAGCUGUGACAACUGGAUGAACAUCAACCUGAGAGAAGUCAUCUGCACCUCAAGGGAUGGAGAUAAGUUCUGGAGGAUGCCUGAGUGCUACAUCAGAGGGAGCACCAUCAAGUAUCUGAGAAUCCCAGACGAGAUCAUUGACAUGGUGAAGGACGAGGUGGUGUCGAAGGGCCGCGGGCGGGGAGGCACCCAGCAGAACAAACAGCAGGGUAAAGGGAGAGGAGGAGCAGGCAGAGGUCUGUUUGGCGGCCGUGGCAGAGGAAUGAGCAGCACUGGUCGGGGGCAACAGCAGCAACAGGAUAAGAAACCAGGCAAACCACAGGGGAUGAAAAACCAGCACUGACAGACAGUGUUGCACCUUCAACAACACAUCCUUGUUGUGUGUUUGCUGACCCAUAUAUCAGAGCAGGCCACAGAAGAUGGAACAUUAAGCCCUGGGGACAAAGAUUCAGUCCCUGAAAAUUAACACUUUGGUUAAAGCAUUUGUAAGACAAUGUGUUGACAAAAACAUUUCUAGAGGAAAAAAAGAUUCAUAUUCUUCAGUUGGAUGAGCCCAGUGUGUUGGUUGGGUUUCAUUUUAUUUUUGUAAGAAAAGACAACAUUGUAAUUUAUUUACACAAGAACAUGAGAAUAAAAUCUUUUGUUAAAGCUG